GUCCGAUUUGAAGAGUUUUUCGGCAUUACAUGCGGACGACCCUACGCAUACACACCCACACACCCACGCACUUACACACAAACGCACGCCAGCUAAGAGCAGGCCUCAAUCUUCCUAUCAGAGGACACAGGCAAAGAUAGGAACUGUGUUGGCAGACACGCUCAGUGACUAGUUCACAGCGACUAGUAGGGGCCCCGCGCGCGCGCGAGAGAGAGAAAGAGAGUGAGAGGCCUUGUUUGACACCGGGAACCGGCACAGGGCUGAUGCACGCUUCCAACGCCAAAACGGACAGGCAGGCUAAAACACCAGGCAGUCGUCAACCCCAUCCUGGCAUUGCGACAUCCAUGGGUAAGCCACUCACAGCGCAUCUGUUGCCCUCUCGGUCGCAGCCGCACUUGCCCGUGGUCGAAGGAUGCCGGCCCCCUUACAUCCUGCGGAACCAGGAUGGUCCCUGAUAACUCUUACUCUGUAAGGGGAACAGUCCGUUUCUCACGUUGGCCCCCUCCCUACUGCCGCCUCCCGGCCGGGAUACCCCUUCCAGCUGCCAAGACCUGCGGCUCCAGGAAACUUGUGACGAUGCUGCGACGUCCAACUGUCCGAUGUUUCUGGCACGCUGUAGGAACGGGGACGUCUCAAAAAGCACAACGACUCGAAACCAAUCGUCAUACCCCUCUCCCUCCCCAUCAAUCCGUCGGAGCAGGUGUGUUAUUGCCCUUCCAGCUGCAGUGUUGUAUGCCGUCAAGCUUUUUUCAUUCAAGAACGGUCGUGCGGAUGAGUGAGCUCGGUUGAUUUCUCGCUUGAGACCAAGCAAGAACAAGAGGCUUUGUGUGUCGGUUUUAUUAUGUGUACUAGAAUAACAAAAGAAAAGACCAAACAGGCAUGAGGUAAGGUUGUCAUGGUGUCGCUAGGUAAGAUAACGAUGGAUGGUAUAAGUAUUUUUUUUUAGAGGCAGAGAAGCCAGAUAUACACACUCUUAGGGCUCAAUACGCCGCCGGCCGGAAAGGAAAAGAAAGCAUAGACCGAGUUGGUUUCCACACUCUCGAUGGCUUGAAGUACACGUCGCAUGCUGGAGGGUUGUCUAAAAAAAAAGGAAUAACACCCACCAGCCCAACCCAUCCCCUUCCGUUGAUAUCAUGGCAUAAAUAAAGAUGACAAGGCCGGGUCACACCGGGAAGUUUGUGUGCCUGCGCCGUUUUUUGUUUUUUUGUUUUGUUUUUGUGUUUGUUUUCGUUCUCUCUUUCGGUUUCAUGUGAUGAUAGUAUGAUGAACCCGACACU